UGGGGGGCCGCGCCGGGGCGACCCGCGCCGCGCGCGCCGAUAGCGUGGGUGCGGCCCGUAUCGCCCCGCGGAGCGCGGGCGGGAAGCCUGCGGACCUGCACCGGCUCCUCCCGCACUUUCUCUCGUCCGUCCCGGGGGCUCCCGAUGGCCCGGACCGUGGUCGUGCUGGGCGGAGGCAUCAGCGGCUUGGCUGCCAGUUACCACCUGAGCCGGGUCCCCAGGGCCCCCAAGGUGGUGCUGGUGGAGGGUGGCGAGCGCCUGGGAGGCUGGAUCCGCUCCGUGCGAGGGCCCGGCGGCGCUGUCUUCGAACUCGGGCCCCGAGGAAUUCGGCCCGCGGGGGCGCGGGGAGCGCGGACUCUGCUCCUGGUGUCUGAGCUGGGCUUGGACUCCGAAGUGUUGCCGGUCCGAGGAGACCACCCGGCUGCCCGCAACCGGUUCCUGUACGUGGGCGGCGCCCUGCACGCGCUGCCCGCCGGCCUCAGGGCGCUGCUCCGCCCGUCGCCCCCCUUCUCCAAGCCUCUGCUCUGGGCCGGGCUGCGGGACCUGACCGCCCCCCCGGGCAGAGACCCUGACGAGACUGUGCACAGCUUUGCCGAGCGCCGCCUGGGACCCGAGGUGGCGGCUCUGGCCGCGGACAGCCUCUGCCGCGGAGUGUUCGCAGGCAGCAGCCGGGAGCUCAGCGUGCGGUCCUGCUUCCCCAGCCUCUUUCAAGCUGAGCAAGCCCAUGGCUCCGUGUUACUGGGGCUGCUGCGGGGGGCCGGGCAGAGCGCACAGCCAGACUCGGCCCUCAUCCGCCAGGCCCGGGCUGAACGCUGGAGUCAGUGGUCGCUCCGGGGAGGGCUGGAGAUGCUGCCCCAGGCACUUAACGCCCACCUGACCAGGAGCGGGGUCACCGUGCUCAGGGGCCACCCGGUCUGUGGGCUCAGCCUCCACGCAGGACGCUGGAAGGUGUCUCUGGGGGGCAGCUGCCUGGAGGCCGACCAUGUGAUUAGUGCUCUUCCAGCUUCAGUGCUCAGCAAGCUGCUCCCCGCCGAGGCUGCACCUCUGGCACGCGUCCUGGGCACCAUCCGUGCUGUGUCUGUGGCCGUGGUGAACCUGCAGUACCGAGGAGCCCAGCUGCCGGUCCAGGGAUUUGGACAUCUGGUGCCAUCCUCAGAAGACCCAGGCGUCCUGGGAAUCGUGUACGACUCAGUUGCUUUUCCCGAGCAGGAUGGGAGCCCCCCUGGCCUCAGAGUGACUGUGAUGCUCGGAGGUUCCUGGGUACAGGGGCUGGAAGCCAGGGGCUGGGCCUCCUCUCGGGAGCUGCUCCAGCGGCAGGCACAGGAAGCAGCUGCCACGCAGUUAGGACUGAAGGAGCCUCCGAGUCACUGCUUGGUCCACCUGCACAAGCACUGCAUCCCCCAGUACACACUAGGCCACUGGAGAAAACUGGAGUCAGCUGCCCACUUCCUGGCUGCUCGCAGGCUGCCCCUGACCCUGGCUGGAGCCUCCUAUGAGGGAGUUGCUGUCAAUGACUGUAUAGAGAGUGGGCGCCAGGCAGCAGCCCGGGCCCUGGGCUUAGAACUUGACAGAUGAUCCCACACCCUAUCUUGCUGCCCCUGCUGGCUGGGACUCUCACCAUGAAAAUAAAAGUUGUGGGAGAUUGG